ACAAGAAAAGUUCGGCGGCAUUUUACUGGCCGUUUGUGACCGACUAUCGCCUUUCUAUAGCCCACCUGUACCUGCGCACUGCAGAUGAAACCACAGCUACCAUCUUCACCAGAAUGGCACUUACAAGACUGAUUAGAUCAUCUUUGACAGAUGGGAGGAUUUUAUACCAUUGUCAGCUGUCCAGUUUACAGAGGUGCAUCAGUGCAGCAGAACCAACGCUCGUCUUCUCGUGUCUCAAUCAUUGGAGGAUAAGAAGUCACAAACAACUGCACCACAGGACAUUCUCUCACCUGACGAGAUCACAUGACUGUUUGACAAACUCAAAUCUGCCCUCCUGCAGAACUGCUCUCACAUACCUUUACCAUCCUGCAACUUUACCCACAGUCCCUUCACUGGUAAUACAAAGACGCUGCAUCAAUGUCGCUAACACCAGUUCAUCAUCCUACAUGCCGACACCGGUCGAGUGCAGUUAUGAAUUCCUAGAGCACAUCCACGAAACGUUGACACUACCAUGGUGGUUGACAAUCCUCGUGACGACGUUCCUCCUCCGUGGUGCGCUUGUCUUGCCGUUCUCCAUCUUGCAACAGCGAGUUCUGGCCAAGAUUGAGAACGUUCAGCCGCAGAUAAACACCCACGCUGAGCACAUGAAGCAGCAAGUUGCUCUGAAGGCCAAAGAAUUAAACUGGUCACAGAAAGAGAUGGCCAAUGUCUAUAGCCAACAGGUUAAAUUCAUGGUAACACGGCUCCACUUUGACAACAAAUGCCAGUCCAGGAAGAUCUUCUAUGUUGGCUUAGUGCAGAUGGGUGUAUGGUCGUCACUGACCAUGGCCAUUGGUCAGAUGACCGGCAAAUACCCAGAACUCUUCAGUACAGAGAUGGACGUAGAUUUCCUGCCGGAGCUGGCUACCCAGGGUGCAUUGUGGUUUUCGGACCUUACCCAGUUUGACCUAGCGAUACCCAUAAUGCUCGGCGUGGUCAAUCUAGCACUGGUUGAGAUGUGGUCGUUAAGGCGUGGCCCACUUACAUUGUUACAACAUCGACUGGUCAACUGGUUCCGUCUACUUUCUCUGGGAAUGGUCCCCAUAGCAACCAUGAUGCCAGCAGCUCUUUCGUUCUUCUGGCUGUCCUCCAGUCUGGUCGGUCUAGGACAAUUUGCACUCCUGCGAUGGCCGGCCUUCCGGAGACUUGUCGACAUCCCUCCGUCCCCCUCCGAGAUGAAACACCCCUUGCAGGAAAUGAAGCAAGCCUUCAGAGUCAGAUACUUCUCUAAGAAGAUGUUUUGAAAUUGGGAGAGACCAUUUGUAAUAUAGGCUGCAACAUGAGAACAAUGCUUGGAUGUGGCAAGAAUAAAAUGCCCUUGGAUAGAAAAAUGUGAAGUUUUGAUUUUGAGCAAAUAAAUUUCUAGCGAACAUGUCGCAAUUGUCGCAAAGAAUGAUUUUGCUACCCUGUGGGCAUCUUGAAAAUAGUCCCUACAUUUUGAAAGUUAUCAGAUAAAUGUGUCAAAUAAUUGUUUAAAUUAUAAUUAAUAGUGAGCAUUACUUUAUUGAGUAAAUAACCCUUUGGGAAUAAUAGUUAACCCAAUAAAUAGAUCAGUUAAAUUAAAUAUUUUUCUCCAAAUGUCAAUUGUUAUCAUUGCUUUGUCCCAAAUUCAACCAACCUUUUGUUUCAUAAGUAAAUAGUUUUGUGGAAUAACAUGUUUAUUUUCAACAAAUUUUGUUAAAUAAAAAGACAUCUGAUUACACGCCAUUGUUUGUGACUUUGGUUAACAUAGUAAAAAUAAAAUUCAAACAAUUUCUUUCAAAAA